CAGUGCCACAGCAGAUAAGUGCCACCUCGACRGGGUCCCGACACCAUGACGGGCCCAGCCCUGGGCAUGGCGGGCCAACUGGCCAAUGAAUCCAUCUCCGACUACAAGCUGCGGUUCUACGCCCAGCUCGCAUUGAUCGAGGCUGAAGAACAGCGGCAGCUGGCAGCCGAGACGGCCCGCCUACAGGCCGAAGCUGAGGCAGCAGCAGAGAAGCUGCGACUACAGACCGAAGCAGAUGCAGAUGCCCAGGCUCGCCGCAAGGAAGCCCAGGAUCUGUUGCAGCGGCAUAAAGCCAGCAGCAUCGAGCGACUCAAAUUCUGGCACUUUGAACCAAACGGCGACGAGGCAGAUCAGGAGGAACAACACAAGGAGUUCCUCUCCAAGCUCGUGACCCGGUUGUUGUAUGCGUGCAACUACCAACGGUCCGAGUUGGAGAAGCAGAACCUGGAACUACAGAACCUGCACCAGGCUCUGCAGACACAGCAACAAGAGUUGGUGACUCUCCGCCGCAUGGUGCAUGAUCACGACAGUGCUACACGGGCACUCAACGGCCGUGUCACGGACCUGGAGCAAUCUGCACCAGAUCCAGACGCAGUCGCGACCAGCAGUGCACCAUCAAACCACCAGCUGGAACAACGCAUGGACCACAAGGUGGCAAUGCUGGGUGACCUUACCACCUUCACAGCACCAGCCACCAUCAGCCAGCGGUUCGAGGAGCUGGAUGCCAAGCUCGGGCAACAACAACAGCCAUCCGAGCACAGCAGCAGCUCGCCGAAGCCGUACAAGAUGCCAAAGUUCCAGAUUGAGAGAUUCGAUUACUACAUGCAUCAGAAUCCCGUAGUCUGGUGGCAAGGAUUCUCGACGGAGUUGGGGAUUCAUCAGAUCCCCAAGGACAUGUACAUCAGCGCUCUGUUCCUCAAUGUGAAAGGAGCAUGCCAGAUCUGGUUGAGCCACAUGGCCACAAUGCAUAGCGUCGACGUGGCAGAGCUGUACAAGAAGAUCACUUGGGAAGAAAUGACAAAGGAAUGGAAGAAGCGGUUCAUCGUCGACGACGCGCCUGCACAGGCCGUCAACCGCAUCUUCACAAUGGCACAGGGCAGCAGUCUGACACGGGAMUGGCUCACGGAAUGGCAGAAGAUCGUGGCGACGCCCGAUCUGGAUCUACCAUUCACGCAUCUGCGGCGUGAGUUCUUCAACAGAUCCUGUGCGACCCUCAGCCUUGCACUUGGUGAGCGCGAACAGUACACAAGCUUUGCUGAGAUCAUCAACAAGGCUCGCGAGAUCAUCAAGACCAACAGGCCAGCUGCUCACGAGAAAUCGACAUGGCAGCCGACCUAUGUGGAGAAGGUACGAACUGGUCCGCGACAGCAGCACUUCGCUGMAGUCCAGCAGGACAGUGGAGAUGACCCAGCAGCCACUUCAGCAUCAAGUAACGGAGAUAAGGUGGCUGCUGUCCAGCCGCGAAGCACCAACAAUCCCGUAACAAUGGGAAGGCGAAAUCCGCAUCGCAGGCCGGAAAUGGACAGCCAGGACAGUUUCCAUGGCGGGGCCCGCCAAGGAAUGCUAGCCCGAGCAUUAUUGCAAAGCUCCCCACCUGCCGUAAGGGAACAGGAACAGUGCUCAAAUCCAAAAGCAGAGGACCCGCCAGGCCCACGGGCCGCCGUUCCGGCAGGAGACAAAGCGAGGGAAGAGACUGGUCAUGGGGAACAGGGGUACGUGCAGGAACCAGGCCCCCUGUUAGAAAGUUCCGACACAAGCAAUGAUUACAGCAGGCAGCAGCCCCCGGACAACCCGGAGGCCGCACCCACGGCACAGCUAGCCACCGGAACAGGGCCACACCCAUCACAGGUGGCCACUCGAACAGAAGUGUAUCGCACGCGGCUGCUCGAGGAACAGGAGCAAGCCGAAGCUGAGCUGCAAGAGGCAAUAGCACAAGGCCGUGCUCGCCGUAUGCGCUGCCCACAGAUGGACACCCCCAUUCACGACGUUUCUUCCGAUUCGGACCUGGAGUCGGACUGCGACCCCAUAUCGGAAGCACUUAUGACAGAUGCGGAAGAGGCGGACCAAGACCAUAUGUACGCGUCCCAGCAAGCAGCCCUGACAAGAGAACAGCAAGCUCUGUUCCACCUCCUCGCCACGCAGCAGACCCAGGACAUACUGGACCAACAGGAAAAGUUGAGGCACAACCAACUCAUACAGCAGUUGAUCGAAGCCCAACACCAUACCCAAAAACACAGCGAGGCUCUGGGCCAUCUAGCAUCUCAGCAUCAUCAGCAGACGAUGCUGGAGGCCCAGUUUUGGCAAGCCUAUACGCAAGGGUAUUUCGCCCAUGGGGUAGGCCUCCAACAAACCAUGCAAGCUGGGGUGGCAGGGUCGACAGUCAGUCUGUACCCUCCCGACGGUACCCACCCGGGUCUGGACCUCGUCAUGGGACAAGAGGGGCAAGCUACUCAGAAGCACCUACCAGAAGGACUCCAUCCAGCGAUGGACUCAGUCAUGGAACAGGCCCCCGCAGACGGAGAGGCCGGCAUACACGAGGAACGUGAGUCCCUGAUCUAUGUAAAGGCAGUGCGUACACACCUCAAGCGUCUCACGGACUGGAUAAUGCAGAACUCCCUCGUUCCGACAGGUAGAUCCCUCACUGAAUUUAUCCCCCCGCUGCAAUGGGAACGAAUCAGGAGAAAGAUUAUAACAAAGCACCGGAUCAAACAAGUAGUCAACCAGUACCGGACGAGCGCAGAGAUCGACUGGGGACAGGUGGCCAAAGCGAUCAUCCUAAUCGUCACCUCACUAUUGGAGGAGCUUAAUGUCAGGAUGGAUGGCAGCGCUCCCUCUACACAGAUCACGACAGUCCACAAGGAAAUGGUAGAAAAGGAGGGGUGCGCAAAUGAUAACCAAUUCUGGCCGGAUAAGUUGGUCCAGCACAUCGGGGCUGCCCUCCGGCGCAGCAGUCACGAGGGUCAGAUGGUCCAGUCCCAGCCACCCAUCAUACAGCGGAUACCUCCACAUUUGCUCGCUCCUUCCAACGCUAGUCCACUCAGGGUGACCGAACUGUCACCCGUCGCAGCUCAUGUGAUAGAUUUGCUUACAGACAAGGACAAGGACAAUAAACAGCAGCACAACCAAUCCGAGGACAGUGCCGAAUCGGAAUCGGAAUCAGAAGAUGCGGAUCUGCUAGCUGCGUAAAUGGUGAUAAGGAAGUACACCCUGGGGGCCGGAUAACACAAAACAUGGAAAUGGAUUGUGCGACAUAUCACCCUCCUCCUCCAACACCUCCCCGCGCCCCCCCCCCAACCACAUGUCCUACCCCCGGGGAGACGUCCCCCGGAGUGGGUGAGAAAGAUCGCCAACGUGUACUUGGACAUUAGAGCAAUAAACCUAAAUGGAUUAG